CCUUCCACCACCCCCACCACCUCCUCCUCCGCUGGCCCCCGGCAUCUUCCGCCCACCUCCCCCUCCUAGGCCACCUUCACCCUCACCCCCCGCAAACGUCCUUCAGCCUCCCCCUCCCUCCCCAGUCGCGCUCCCUUGUGAGGUCUACCUCUAUGUCUACAUCAUCCCUCCAAGCCCACCACCCGUGAACCCAUACACUUUUAACGCCACGUCUUGUGUCGUCCUAUCGAACAAGAUUGCUAUGGGCAUGGCGUCAAACGCAUCCGCAUUGGGAGCAUCGAUUACCAAGUCCUUUUCGCUGAGUGCAUGUGAUCCGAACUACGUCAUGCUGCGAGGAACGUUUGCAACGGUUCAAGACGGCAUGAAGCUUCAGACUUGGCUCAAUGGACCCGCGGGUCUGCAAGACUGGGUGUAUGCUGUUAUGGGCAGCACUCAGUGCCCACUGGCUCUCACUGGCUACAACUUUUACAGCAUCGCAGCAAGUUUGACCAGCGUCACGUGCCUUAGCGGGACUUAUAGGACACAAUGCGCUGCAUUACCACCGCCGCCAUCUCCGUUUCCACCACUCCUACCACCAUCGCCACUGCCGCCCUCACCUCCCCCACCCUCACCACCUCCUCCUCUACCUCCUUCACCUUCCCCACCGUCUCCUCGACCUCCUCCACCCUCACCACCGCCUCCUUUACCUCUACCACCCUCACCGCCGCCUCCUACACCCCCACCACCCCCACCUCUUGCCCCAGCUAGGUUCCGACCGCCAUCACCGCCGCCCUCUCCUCGUCCACCCUCACCCUCACCGCCGCCGCCUCCCUCUCCUCCUCCUUCCCCUCCCCCUCCCUCACCACCGCCGCCUACUCCUCCCCCGCCCUCACCACCGCCGCCCUCGCCUCGCCCACCCUCUCCGGCUCCUCCCCUCGCUCCGGGUAUUAAGCGCCCACCCCCCUCUCCACGUCCACAACCGCCUUCACCGCCGCCUCCACCCUCACCGCCACCGCCCUUCCCUCCUCAACCUCUCCCUCCUAGCGUCGUAACCCACGAUUGUGUCAUCAGCAACAACAAUGUACCCUACGCGCCCUCCACCCUCUUCCUGGCGGACACCGUAGACCAGCAAAACUACCCUGCCGUGGCCAUGUGCACGACCAUCUCCGCACAGAAGUGCCGCAAGGCGGCGUUCUGCUGUUCCAUGGACCUGGCCAAGAUGGAAGUUCCCGUUAAUAACGCCUGCAAGAGCGAUCUCCGGCGCAUCACCAUUAACGGUAUCGGAGUGUCCUACAGCUGGGGCCUGUACGAUAACAACAUCACGACCCUCAAGUUUGACAGCUUGAUCGCUGACCUGCCGAAUCCCGAUGGAGCCACGCUCUGCUGGGUGGUGCGGCCUGGGGCGUGUUCAACCCCGUCCGCAUUCUGCCAAACCGGAUACUGCCAGGUUUCCCUGUUCUCGAGCAACAACAAGUGCUGUCCGUCCACCUACAUUUAAGAAGUUCGGUACGCCAAGUAUGGAAAGCAGGCCAGGCCUGCUAGGCUUGAGAAAGGCAGAUGACGAUGAACCUGUCCUGUGGCGUGUGUGAAAAUGUUAAUCAAGUGUUGUGACUUUUACAUAGUAUGUGUGGACCAUUUGAUCCAUGUCUUUCCUCAUGAUCACGUUUAAUUGCUAAACGAGUGCUCUCAACGCUGGAAAUCGAUGCGCCGACUUGGGGUGCGUGUUAUGGUUACAAACCGCAGUGUCGGGUCGCAGCUAAGGGAUUCAUAGUUGGCAUAAGGAAUGAGACUAGAGAAGUAUGCGCAGCCCGCACUUUGCAUGUAUUGAAACGUUGCGUUGCUUGAGGGAGGUGUUGUGGAUUGCUUGACAUGUGCAUUUCGCCGUUGCGCUCAACGGCCAUCAAUGUUUAGUGCUAUGAGAUAAACCCAAUCGUACUAACACGGACGUCUUCAUACUCUGUAGUGUAACAUGUUCUUGCUCAUGCUUAUCUGUACUGAGAAAGCAAUGGGUGGUCCCUUGUGAGUCAGG